AUGACACCAGGCCACACAGAGGUAUUAGGACUACCGCCCAAAAGCUUGGUCGAAGAAAUAUGUUUUAAGUAUGUCUUAAUAGCAGCGAGUAAGGUAGAGAGCCAGAAGGCUUUAGGGAGGGAAUUUGAGAGCUUUAGGGCCAUGGUUGACAUUACCCCAGUCGGUCUGACACAGUCGGUCCCCGGCCUCAGCAGACACGCUGCGCUGAUGGGGGACACAGGGUCACGGCGAUCCACGCUGGUCUCCAGGCUUCCGAUAUUCCGGCGCAGCACCUCGAAGCGGCGCGACUCCCUGCCGUCGUCGCCGUCCUCCGCGACUAACGGGGUGCACACCUCCUCGCCAUCCAGCACCAACUCGAGCUCGAGCAGCAUGGGGAAGCGUAGAAACAUCUUCCGCACCGCCUCCAUCGGCUUCCCCGGCAGGAAAGCCGCGGGGGAGCCUCGCGCUUCGACUCUGUGUAACGGUCAGGGCAACAGCCCCGGGGAGGAAGGCGCCAGGGCGAAGGGCCGCCACACGUUCGGCUUGAGCGUCGUCCCACGCGGCAAGAAGAUCACGCGGUCGGCCACGGAGGACUUCGAGAAGGGGAAAGAGCUCAACAAGAGCGUCUUCAUGAACUGCCUCAGCUCGGGGAGGUCCAGCGUGGACGAGGGUGACGAUUCCGGCUUUCCCGAUGACCGCCCGGCCAAGCAGCGCGGCAGGAAGCUGCUCCCCCGCUCCUUCUCCACGCACCACAAGCUGUCCAAACCCAGCGCCGCGCGCAGCCCGCCGGCCGAGCAGCCCGCCCACGUGAUGCUGCAGGCCGACGAGCUCGAGCCCAGGGGCCCUGCGCACGAGGAAUGCUCCAAGUACCUGCAGGUGGACAACACCGAGGGCUCCCUGCAUUCACCGCUCCUGUCCAGCGACAACACCACCAUCCUCACCCCUUCCGAGUUCGUGCCCGUCUCCGCAGACUCCGUCUCCGAGGCGGACAAGGAGCUGUUGGCCUGCCGUCCUGCCCCGACUCUGACUGAGCUCGACCCAGCCCUCCCUGCUACCCCCCUGAACUCACUCGGACCUGCUCCUACUCCUCACCUCUGCCCCUCCGAGGAUGGCCUUCCCCUCAGGGAGACUGCGCUGCUCUCUGAUGUGGAGCUCUCGACCCCUCACGCUGAAGAGUUUCCGCCCGGAUUCGACUGCCCGGGACUGAAGGGGAGCUGUGAAAGCGACGGCCGGCCAACCCAACCACCCGGAGCUGUCACUCAGAGCGUCCCUUAUGUCAAACACCAGCCGUCCUUCACACAAAACGGCCUGGAAGCGACAACACUCUCCACUGAGAAGGUGUAUGAGUUAGCCAUCACAAACUCCAUCCCCAUGAUUAAACCUCAUGAACACUGCCAGGGAACAUCUCAUUCCACAGUGACGGUGAACAGGGCGUUCAGUCCGCGCCAUGAGGAAAAGUGGGUGGAGAGGCGCCUGAGGUCAUCCUCUGAGGGCACGUCGGGACGGCGAUUGAGUCAUGGAGUCCGAGAUGGGCGAGUUGAAGAAUUGCAUAGUCUAAAGGGGCAAAGAGCAGGUUCGUCAUCGUCCAAGAUGAACAGCAUGGAUGUCCUGAAUAGAUUAGGAUCCUGUGACCUAGAUGAGGAUGACUUGAUGCUGGACUUGGAGUUCCUGGAGGAUCAACAUCGUCAGUGUGACAGGGAUACCACCAGACACAUUGUGUGCCGGGAAGACUCGAACCACUCCAUUAAAUCGUGUGUGGAGAUUCUACACGUACCCACUGAACUCAAGAUGAAGAUCGAAGGACCAAAGGUCCCAGAGACUCCGAAAGAACUUCCAUUUAUCCAGCCUUCAAAAGAAGGUGAGUUUUGUGAAUCUAGACCUCUUCGGUACAACCAUUGGCCGAGUGCUGCAUCUUCAGACUGGUCCCUUCUGAGGGAGGAUGAGCCUGGUGGUGGUCUGGAAGCCAUGUCCUUGAGGUUGAUGAUGCAGGACUGCACCGCAGUAAAGACAAUGCUUCUCAAACUGAAGAGGAUUCUCCAGGAGAGUGUGGAGAUGAGCCCUGCCAGCAGCACACAUUCGCUUCCUGUCAGUCCUAUCACUGAGAUGCCCAUUCCUUUUAAGGUAGGAUAA